AUGACCUGGUAUAAAAUUUUGUCCGACGAGUCCAUCACAUCAUGGAAGGUACUCGGAAAACUUUUCUCCAGACACUUCACGGCUUCCCGAAGAUACCCCAAAUCAGAAGCCUCCUUGGAAGCCAUUAUCCAAGGAAAGGACGAGUCGCUACGAGCUUACAUAGAAAGAUUUAACAAAGAGGCCGUACAAGUAUCCACGACAGCCCAUAUGAAGAAAUUCCUGCUCGAACGAGGUCUCCGACCACGUUCAGAUUUCGCUAAAGCCGUCGGAACCGAAACGCCGGCUACCCUGGACGAAUUCUUUCUCAAGGCCCAAGCCUACAUACAGUAUGAAGAGAUAGAAGCAGCCCACGCAUUCCGCAAUUCCCGGCACGAAGAGAGCAGUAAAAAUGCACGCCAGGAUGAUUCUCGCCGAGGAACCGAAAAAAAGAAAGACGAUAAAACUCGGGACCCUAAGGACUACAAAACCCCUGCAGGGAAAUUCCGAUAA